AUGGAGGAGUGCGCGCAGUGCGGGGAGCGCGCAGUGGAUUACGACGAGCAGGCGCUGGCGCUCGUGUGCGCGCGAUGCGGCCACGUGGCGGACGAGGCGCAGCUCACGUCACGCGUGGAGUUCGACGAGCUCGGGCGGGCCGGCGGCGUGCGCGUUGGCGGCGGGGGAGCCGCGGGGGAUGGCGGAGAGCCCCGCUCGUGGAUGUGGACGGCGGGGGCAGGCGGGGGGCGAUUUGGCGGCGGGUGGGGGGAGGGGGCGGAGACGAAGUGGGGAGGCGGAGGAAAGUCGGCGGAGUUUAAGCGGCGGAAGAACAAGGUACCCGUCGGUUCGACUCUCUCACAACUGCCUGUCAUGAUCUCGCCAAAUGCGCCGACUGCCUCCUCGUUCUCGCCGCGCCCACAACAGCCUCACUUACCCCACCUCCCCUGCGCUUCCCCCUCCCCAUUGCGCGUCCGCCUGCCCCUCCGCCAGCGCGAGUGGGAGGAGCGGCUGGGCGCGGUGGUGGCGGGGCUGCGCGUGCCGGAGGGCGUGCGGGGGGACGCGGUGGGGGUGGCGGAGCGCGUGUUGGAGGGGCGGUGGGGCAGCGGGCAGUGGAUGAAUGUGCUCAUGGCGGCCGCUGUGUACAUUGCUGCGCGCAACCGGCGCCUUCCUGUGUCCAUGGGGGAAGUGGCGAUAGCAGCAGCGGCACUGCUGCUGGUGGCGGGGGCGAGGGGGGUGGUACUGGGGGAGGGGGAGCUGUGCGCAGCCAUGGGGGUGCCGCCAGCCACAGUGAGGCAGCGCUUCUCAGAGCUCACGCGCGCCGUCACGGGCCUUGCACGCUCGCUGCUGCUCCCGGGGGCCAACAGUGUGUCCUCCCAGCCAGCCUUCCACCGCCUCCUGCCCUCCAUCCUUGCGCUUUUGCCGUCGCCCGCUCGAGUGGGCCAUCGCUUCGUGAUGCCAUCUGCUGAUGUGGGCAGGCGUGCGGACGUGGAGGAUCGAGCUGCUGAUGUGGCCACCGCAGGAGGAAAGAGGGCGAAAAGAAGCAUAAGGUGCUUUGACGAGGGUGGUGGUGGGGAGGCAAAGAGGCGGCAGGGGCAAGGGAGCGGCAACGAGGAGGGUGUUGUGGACUGGCUGCUGCUGCAACAGGCGGACCCUCGUGCAACAGCAUCAGGAUGGUACCGAUCUGCUGCUUCCACCGUCAUGGAUCGCCAUGUCACUGGCUCCACCAAACAGGCUUAG